AUGGACAUGGGUGUGUCAACUGAGUCGGCCACCAUCCGCAGAACACCUGGCAAAGUUGCAGCGCAUUUCGCAGACGUUUUGCAGGCGAUCAUGACGGCGGAAGAAGAGGCUGCAGAGCUUCUGGCAUUUUUCGGCGAGGCAGCGCCACCUCAGCGGAGAGGUGCUCUGGCUUCCUUGCAGGUCUUCCUCGGGAACGUGCAGGCCUUCGCGAAGCAGUUUGCCAGUGCCGUGCAAGAGGUGAAAGCACACCACGGCCACGGACAUGGCCACGCGGGCCAGGGUCGCCUGCAGCGGAGUGCCUCACUGGCCCGGCGCAUUGGGGACGAGGAGCCUCGCGAAUCUGGCAGGCCUAGUGCGGCGCGCAGAAGUCUGAGCUCCGGCGCUGUUCGACAGGAAGGCCCGGUUCAGCCACGCCGGCUUGGACGGACAAAGACGCGCCACAUGGAGCCCACCAGGGCCUUUCCCGCUUCCCGCGAGCACCCGGUGCUGCUGUCGCACCAGGAGAUCAAGGCACAACUGAAGGCGCCACUUACGCCAGGCCUGAUCAAAGGCCUGUGCCUGUGUGCAGGGCUGACAAGAAUGAGAUCCCAGUGGUGCACAGAAUUCAGCAGCUUCCAAAGUGACGAAGCUUGCAACUCCGUGGAUGCUCGUGCGCCGGAUGUUCUAGACAGGCUUACGAGCAUCCACACUGGCGACCUGGCUGUUCUCGAAAGGCCGGCAAACGGUAUUGGGUCCUUCGUCAAGGAGCCCGCGGAGACAGAAGCUCCGGCAGCCGAGGAGCCUUCAGUCGAUCCCCCGGAAGAGGGGAAAGCAGAAGAAGCUGCGGAAGAAGCCCCUGAGGAGGAUGCGAAGGAAGAGGCUGCAGACGAGAAGGAGGCUGAGGUAGCCACCAAGGAAGACAAGAAGGAGGAGGAGAAGGACGAAGAGGAGGACGAGAUGGCUGCCUUCCUGGAAGGCAUCGAGCAUAUUGAUGAGGCCAAGGGCAAGGAGCCACCAGGCGAUGGCUCCAAAGCCAAGGAGGACGGCGGCAUGGAGGUGUGCAACACUGCUGAGGACGGAAUGGAGGACGUGCCAGAGCAGUCGGAGCCUGCGAAACCGUCGGGCGUGGACGAGGAGGCCAAAGAGCAGAGCACAGCCACACCACCUGAGCCUGCCGAGGACGAGGACAUGAUGGCCUUUCUCCAGGGGAUCGAGCAGGUUGAGGAGCCGAAAACAGACGAAGCCGACCGGUCGUCAGAUGGGAAGGCGGACGACUCGACCAUCCUUGAGUCCGGCGAGGGCACGCCUUGCGGCACGGAUGCGGGUGCGACCGAGAGUGCCGAGGACGACUUCGCAGCGUUCCUCGGCGCGCUGGACGACAUGGAGGACAAAAAGGACGGCAAGCCUGAGGAGGCCGCAGAGGAAGGGGACGGACUGGAUGACCUGCCGGCCGUGGAGAUCAAGCGGCGAUUGCGCGCGGAAGGUGUCGCUAUCCCGACGGGCCCCGAAGACAAGGAGGAGCUGGUCACCUUGCUGCGAGAGACUCUGAACAAGCCGAAGGGCGAUGCGUUCAUGGAUUUCCUCAGUGAGAUUGACAAGAUGCAGCCGGGUGCUGAUGUGGAGAUGAAGGAUGCUGCUCCGGAGGAGUCUGCCUUCGCAGACUUCUUGAAGGAGAUCGAUGGCAUGCCAACCGGUGCCGAGGCCGGCGCAGCACCGCCGAAGAAGACCGAGCGGCCUCUGACGAUGCGCUACAGCGCCGAAAGUCGGCAGUGGACGGUCUUCGUUGGCCCCGACAAAGAGGCGGAGGAGUUCCCGGCGCAAGCGAGUCCCAUCCUCGCACGGCGACAGGCCUUGGAGUUCUGCCGGACGACCUUGCUUGAGAUGGAGAAGCGGGGCGAGGUGGACAAGAUGGAGGACGAAUCCCACAAAGCGGAGCUGCUGAAGAUUCUGGAGGAUUUGAAGGCGCAGCCCAGCAGGAGAACUAUCCACCGAGGCCUUGACUUCAACUGCAUGCACUUACUCGUCCAGUAUGCCAACGGCAAGAACUCCUUCCACUGGCCGGUCAAAGUGCGACAAGCCUUGGGGAAUCGCCACGCACAGAGCUACACUGCAGAGGUGGAGCAGAAGUUUGAGCUGCACCAUCCCAUCCACCCUUUCCAACUUGCUUGGCGGGUCUGCCUCGACCGCAGCUCGGGCGCGAGCAGUUUCGGCCUAGGCAACUUCCGAAAUCCGGCGGGCUUGGUCAUCUCCUGCCCCUCCAAGCGUGCCUACGUGCGUUUGCAGAAGCACCAGGCCAAGCAGGCCAUCGAAAGCGCAUCCGUACAACGCAAGCUGCAGCAGGAGCAGCAGCAGCGCCUUGAAACUCUUCUUGCCGCCGCGAGUGGUGACGAAGAGGUCGUGGCCAUCAACAAGAAGGUGGCUGCUGAGACGAAGGCUGCCCUUGCGGCCCAUGAAGCGGAGCAAUGCAACUACACGCGAUGGGCACGGCGCCUCGAGCGUUUGGCCGUCUUCGCGGGGGCACAGGGGCGAGAGGACAGUGGCAAUGUGCAACUGGAGGGUCUGACGGUGCUUCCCAACCUGGACGGGUCCAAUGCCUUGCCUGUCUUGUUGCUUCUGGCCUUCUUCCGGCCCCGCACCUGUGGGGGCGUCUUGACUGGUGGCUGCUCGGCGCUCUGCGACCUCGACUCGCUCAAGGUCCGGGCCGUUUCGCUUUUCGGACGCUCUCAGGAGUCGAGGUGGGUUCUUCCCAUCACGGGAAGGCAGAAGCUGACUCUCGAUGACCUGCAGCACGUGAACACCCUCAGGCAAGCCGUGUCCAGCGCCUUUGAGGUGGAUGAUGACGUGGCAGGCAAAGACGAGGCCAAGGACAAGAAAGACGCAGCCAAGCCCACAGCCCGACCUCGUGGCCGACGGAUCUACAUCAAGGAAGAUGCCGAGACUACGAGGAGUCGCGACAAGACAGCUCCAGCAUCCACCGCGCCCAAAGUGGCGGAUGGGGAGAAGGAGGAAGACGCUUCCGCAGCGCCCGCCACGGACAAGAAGGCACGGUUGCUGGGUGACGUGUGGAUAGACAUUGCCGAGGAGGGUGCUGCCGAGGCUGCGGACGCCGCGACGCCGAGCCCGGAGGCAGGAGACGAUUUUUCCGGGAGUGGGGCCUCGUUAGUCGCCUUCCCCGGAAAUGCGCGUGCUGACUUUGCAAGCCUUGCACCAGGCCAGAACCUAUCUCACCACAGCGCCAUCACCAUUGUAAAGCGCAAAAUACUGGUGCUAAUUAAUCAGUUCGCCUUUCUGCCGGAACUGUCCUUGAGCCAGGCGCUCAAGGACCGAGCCGACUCUUUUCUCGCCAUGCAGACGGAGGCCACGUCGGCGGAUGCCAGUGCAGCCCCUGCCCUCAUGCAGCACACGCGCAGCGUGCAGAAGAGUGGGGAUGCCCAGGAAGAGAGGAAGAGCCUGGGUCUGCAACAGGGCAGAGGCCAGAGAAGUUCCCGGAAGAAAAUGAUGUGGCUCAGUGCCAUCUCCCUGGCGCCCCAGUGCGACCAGAUGGACAGCUACAUGAGCCAGUACGAAAUCGCCCUGACCUCCUGGAAAGAGUCCGGGAGCCACCUGCCUCGUGGCAUGACCCAGAUUGGCCUGAGCCUGCACACCCAGGAGCAACUGCAACGCCUGCGAAAGCUGGGGGCCAACAUCACCUUCCACACCCUCUCCUUCAUAGACCGAAUGCACGCCAUCCCGAAGUUGCAGCAAGAGACGCCCGACGUCGAGUGCGUUGCGGGCACCUACAUGCGCCUUGACGUGCCGCAGAUCCUGGAUGGCGCUUUGGCAGCUUUGGCAGGCGGAGCAGACAUGCUGCUUCAUAAACGCCAUGUCCUCUACACCGACCUUGACAUCCUGUGGUGGCGGAAGGUCACGCCAACGGAGCUUCUGUCAUCGGUAAAGGAGAAGAUGUAUGCUGCCGCCUACUCCUCACAGCUUCAGAAGAACGAGGGCCCAAGGAAUGCAGGCGUCAUUCUAUACAACGUGCCCAUCUUCCGCAUGGUGCAGCCACGGGCGCUGGCAUUUGCCUUCGCAGUGAAUGAGGAGAGCGGGAACAUUGCCAUGAGCGAGCUGCUCCUUACGAGCCAGGACCAAGGUGUCCUGAACCAUUACUUCGAUCACCACCCGGGCCGCGCCUUUUUGGAGGACAAGUGGAACUACAAGAUGUUCUGGUCAGGCUCCAACCACACGGCCAUCGUGCACUACUGGGCUGUGAAGCCCUCGGAGGGUCUGCGCUGCUUUGUGCGAGAGCACUCAAAGGAGAACUGUGCGAAGAUAGACGCCGGGCUCAUUCCCGAGAAGCUCAAGCACGUCGACUUCCAGGGCGAAGCCCUGUCGCUCGCCAUCAGCCUGGAUGCGAACCUGACUUUCAUGCAGGAAGCUCUGGCUGCCUACGACCGAUACUCAGAGCUCCGAGAUCUGGCCCUGGCGCAGUGA